UAGAAUAUUGUUCAAUUUUUCAUCAUUAUCGUUACUGUGUGAGUGAAUGUGACGAUUUUUUUAUUUGCUCAAAAUGGCCAAAAUUACUGGAAAAAAGUCAAAACUUCCAUUUCAAUUUGAAUUUUUAGGCAAAACUUAUAAAGAUCAUUAUAAUUAUGAAGAUUUUUUAUACAACGCGACAAUUUUCUUACGAAAUAAAUAUCCAUUUUUACCACUGGAAUUGUUGACCGCUCGUGCUAAAGAUGAAUGGAACAAAAAAAAGAUUCGAAAUAACAAAAGAAACAUUGUUUCAAAAGAUAAACGAUCACGAACGGGUAAUGGUCAUGGAAAGAAAAAACCAUUGGCAUUUGAAGCAGAAACAAAUCGAAAAAUUCGUUCAAAACCAAAAAGAAAUAAAUUGUUUGCCGUAAAUAAUUUCGAAACUACUAAGCAAUCAAUGAUUAGUGAGGAGGAGUCUCAUGAGGAAUCUCAUGAGAAAUCUACUUUUGAAGAUCCUGAAAUUAUCAAUAUAAAUGAUGAAUCAUCUAGUUUAAUGGAAGAUUUUUUAAAUCGUGAAUCAUCUGAAAUCGUAUCCGAACAAUCAAUGACAAAAUGUUCCAUUUCAGAUGCAUAUCUUCCUAUACAUUUUGAUGGCGAUGAUGAAAAUCGAUUGACUACAACAAUCGAAGAAGUGCAACCUGCAAAAAUAUCCAUUUCUGAAUCCAAUAUUCCUUUGUAUUUGAGUAAUGAAUAAAAGAGAAUUGUUAAGAAAAAGAUUGAAUAAAGUUUAUUCACAAAAAGAAA